AUGUCUCUGCUUCGCACCCCCCGCGGCGCCGGAGUCAAAACACGCCGACAGUUGAUGGUCGAAAACGAGGCACAUAAAGUUGACACCGACGUGAAAGUAGCGAGUGAAAUGCUGAAAAGUGAGUGCAGCCGGUCCACGCGCACGUCCUCUGCAGCACGGCGACUCACAAUUGAAGCUGCACGAAAGAGGGCAGAAGUCGAAUUGGAAGCGAUCGAAGCAGCAGAAGCCGCCAGGAAAGCGGCCGCAAAAGCCGCGGAAGCAUCCGCGAACGCCACCGCUGAAGCCGCCGCGGAGGCCGCCGCGAAAAAAGCCGCGAUUCGUAAGUCGCUCAUUGAUAUGGAGCUGAACGCCGACCUUGCCGAGCUCGGCUCGGAGAGAUCUGUGAUGUCAUCGUCGGAGAAAGUUGAGGCCUCGCUUGACACAACACACGUUGAAGCAACACGUCGGGAGGAGAAUGCCACCUGCACCGCGCCCCAGCAGCGUACUGAUAUCCAAGAGCUGGCGGCGGCACUCACAGGUGCGAUCUCCAACGCUGCCGCAACAAACCUCAACGACCAGCUGUUGUCAAGAUUGGCCACCUCUAAAGAUCUACCCAUCUACUACGGUGACCCCCUCGACUGGCUACAGUUCCGCAACGCUUAUUACGAGUCCACUGCGCCCCCGAGUGUGACGUCGACGGUUGCGGACUCGGCCACCAUCGCCUUCUACAUUGGUCGAAGCCGCGACCCCAGCAGCAGACGACAGCAGAACGCGACCAACAGCGACUCAGUGAAAGUGAAACAGUGA